AUGGCCGCUCCCUCGCGCGAGGGUCCCAAACCUGCGAUCAACCGACAGACCACCACGCCCUUCCACCUGAAGCUAUUCUACCGCCAAAACAACUUUCACCCUCUCUCCGACUAUAGCAUCUCAGCGCCCCCGCCGCGCCGCGGUCCCGGCGGGCCCUUGAGCGGGCCCAAUGCCAUCCGCGCGCCGUCGCCUCCUCUCCCAGCAGCAACAGCCGCGCCGCUCCCACCGCAUCUAGAGAUCUAUACUUGGCAGUCGUGCACCCUGCGCGAGCUCUCACAGCUUCUCACCUCCGCCCUCCCAUCAUUACUUCCCGAUCCACCCGUCGGCACGCGUCUGUGCUUCCGACUAAUCUACCCCGAUGCGAAGGCCGCAGCUAUCGGCGGCCCUGAUACGCGCGGCCGAUACCUGAGCAGGGACCUUGGCAGUGUCGUCGUCGGACCGAGGGACAGCCCCUAUCGCGGCGAGGAGGAUGCAGAUGAAAAGCAGGAGGCACGACCGCGCCCCGGCCCGCUUCGGUUCCAGGGCUCUGAGGCCGAUAGAGCUCUGCUGGAUGUCCGCUUCAUUAUUGGUGACUAUGUGGAAUGUGCUAUUCUACCCCCGCUCGAGGACGGGUCCGUUGCGCCGCCAGUCCGUGGUGCGUCUGGUCCAUCCCAGGCUGGUGGGGGGAUGCGUGCAUUCCAGGAAAAUGGAUUUGGAGGACGGCGUGGCCGUGGUGGGGGUGGUCCUUCCCGAGUCGAUCGUGGUGGUCCGCCGAACUUCCCUGCAGGGGACUGGAAGCGUGGGGAGCGGCUUCCAGAAGGUGGACGGGGUGGACGACGUCGUGGUGGAUGGGCACCUUAUUAG